AUGCGUGCAGAGCAUCAAGAAUCUUGUUUGAUUGGAAGAGAUGAUGAUGAUGAUGAUGAUGAUGAUGAUGAUGACAACCAUAGUUUCAAGUACUCCUUUGCCUUGUUUUUUGCCUACCAGAUUUUUGACCUUGCUUUGUCCUCGACCCUGAGUUUGCCUUUGUCUCUGAUUGCCUCCUCGCUGUGUGUUUUGACCUGUGCCUGUCUGUUGAACCACGCCUCAGCCUUUCGCCUGUCUGCUACCGUUGCCUCACUGCUGGAUCACCUGUGUACCGAAUCCCUGCUUGCUUUGAUGAUUAAACCUUGUACUUCUCCAUCCCUGCUCUCAUCUCUUCAGCCCCACAGAGGAACACCAAGGAUAAAGACACAGAUCCACGGCAAUCUUGUUGAUCAUGCGCCAUACAGAUUCAAUUUUAGGACCAUGACUUUCCUGAUCAUCCUGCAGGGGGCAGCAAUGGUGCUCUUUUACAUGUUGGUGCUUACGUUGUGGCGAUCAGGUUCCUCUUUCCUGGGUCAGUUGUUCAGCCAACACCCGUCGGUGUUCUAUCUCAUGGAACCCGGGUGGCACGUGUGGACACAAUUGAGGGUUGGUGCACGGAAAGCCCGGAUGGCUGUAAGGGAUCUGUUACGAAGCCUAUUCCAGUGUGACUUCUCAGUAAUGGAGUCUUACCUGCCACAGAUGUCUCGCAUCUCCAAGUUGUUCAUGUGGAGUCACAGUCGAGCGCUGUGCUCACCUCCAGCCUGCUCUCUCACACCGCGCAACCAAAUGAGCAACCAGACUGAGUGCCUCAAAGUGUGUGGCACUCAGGGCCUGGAGGGGGCGCAGGAUGCCUGCAGCACUUACAGCCAUGUGGUGUUGAAGGAAGUACGAUUCUUUGAGCUGGAAUCCCUCUACCCACUUUUCCAGGACCCAAGUCUAGACCUUCGCAUCAUCCACUUGGUUCGAGACCCAAGGGCAGUGGUGCGGUCCAGAGAGAUAUUAUUUGGCUACUUUCUCGCUGAUAAUGACGUGGUCCUGGAGCAGAGAAAAGUCCCAGCGAAGGAGGUGGAUUAUGAAGUCAUGCAGAUGAUCUGUAGUAGCCACGUGUGCAUCCUGAGAGCUCUUGUGAAUCCCCCUCCCUUUCUUGAAGGCCGUUACAAGUUGGUUCGCUAUGAGGAUGUGGCGAUUAACCCACUGGAAGAGAUAAAUGCCGUGUAUGAGUUUGUUGGUCUGGGGAUGACCAGCACACUGGCAGACUGGAUCUACAGGGUGACACAUGGCAAAGGUAAAGGCUCUCGGAAUGAAGCCUUCCAAAUUACUUCCCGACAUGCUGCAGAUGUUUCUCAGGCCUGGCGCACCACUUUACCAUACAACUACAACAAGGUGAAACGGAUCCAAGACGUGUGUAAGCCAGCCAUGACAUUGCUCGGCUACAGAACAGUUAACACUGAAAAAGAGCAAAAGAACCUUGACUUGGAUCUGCUGGUGCCACAGGAACCAUAUCAGCUGGUUACCAGCAAAAACAGAGAACCCCAAUAAGCUGUAAAGUCUGAACCCGACUUCAGAAGAGUGUUCACACAGACUGACUCAGCCGAGGGAACACUGUCGCCCUCUUAAAACUGUCA